AUGCUGCCUACCCCGGCAUUGUUCAAAGCUGCCCGCCGCAUGAUCGGUGCGACGACGACGACGACGACCGACACCACCACCACCCGUGAAAGCUUCCAAUUUGACUGCAACGAUUGCAAAACACGGCGCGGUUCGGAUUGUGGAAGGGAGGAGAAGGAUAAUUAUAUCUUUUGGACUUGA